AUGGCUGCACAAGGAAAGUCUGCAACACCUCGCUUCGCCGAUACGUCUUGCAUGAGAUGCUUCCGUCAUGCAUGGAACACCCAUGACUGGAGCUCCGGGGAACCUGUCCAGGUGCGCUGCCAGUUCGGCCAGAUCGGUGCCGGCAAGUGCGACCACUGCCGCGCCACGAAGAAGUCUUGCAACAAGCCGGGAAAAGCCAUGACAGGAGACUGGAUGAACAUGGCGAUCAUGGUCAACUUCGCCGAAUUCUGCCUCGAACGCACCGUCGAUGCAGCUGGAGAUCCGGUUGGUGAUGCCUCCGGCAAUGCCCUGUUCAACUACCCUCUCGCCUUCCGCCAAAAGGUCUGCGGCCUUGUCUUCAGCCUCGGAGAGGCUUUCAAGGAGUCCGAGAAGUCCAAUCGGGCCGUCCAGGGCGGCUCUGGCUCCCCCAAGUCAAGAACUUGGUUGGCGGACCGCCGCAAGUGCCUCAUCACCAUGAAACCUCGCCGUGGCCCGCAAGCGUCCCCGCAAGAUAUUUCCCGCUGGAAGCUGGAUGUUGCAUGUCGUCUUCUCCCGGAUGACGAAGGUCAGGCACCUUGGGCGCUCGCUGUUCACUCUUUCAAGGAGGAAAUGUACAGCGCCGUGGUGGGUGCUGUAGGUCAGAAGGCCGCUGACGCCGAUUGGGCUGCGUUCCCUUAUCUCGGUGGUGCUGGCGAUGAUUAG